AUGGACAGUGGAAGUGGAUUGAAUAUAUUGUAUGCUGAGGCGCUCCGGGGGAUGGGCAUUCCAAUGUCCAAGCUCGGCGAGAGCAACAUGAGAUUCCAUGGUGUCAUCCCAGGAAAGAAAGCCGAUUCACUCGGUCAGAUCACUCUUGAUGUGGUUUUUGGUGAUUCAAAGAAUUACCGCAAGGAAAAGUUGACAUUUGAGGUGGUGGAUUUUGAUAGUGCCUAUCAUGCCAUUCUAGGCAGACCUGCUUAUGCUAGUUUCAUGGCUCGACCGUGCUACGUGUACCUCAAGUUGAAGAUGCCUGGCCCCGGAGGCAUGAUCACAGUCACUACAAAUCGGCAGAGAGCAGAAGAUUGUCUCCAGAAAGGUUCAAAGACCGCCGAUGAACAAAUGGCAACAAUGGAAUUUUAG